AUGAGUAACCGUAAAAGUUCAGCAGCUAGUUUACUUUUACGACAAUACAGAGAACUUACUGAUCCAAAGAAAGCUAUUCCAUCAUUUCAUAUAGAAUUAGAUGAUGAUUCAAAUAUUUUUGUAUGGAAUAUUGGUGUAAUGGUAUUAAAUGAGGAUUCAAUAUAUCAUGGUGGAUAUUUUAAAGCACAAAUGAGAUUUCCUGAAGAUUUCCCAUUUUCUCCACCGCAAUUUAGAUUUACUCCUGCAAUUUAUCAUCCAAAUGUUUAUAGAGAUGGUAGAUUAUGUAUUUCAAUUUUACAUCAAUCUGGUGAUCCUAUGGCCGAUGAAAUUGACGCAGAAACUUGGUCUCCUGUACAAACUGUUGAAUCUGUUUUAAUUUCUAUUGUAUCUUUAUUAGAAGAUCCAAAUGUUUCAAGUCCUGCUAAUGUUGAUGCUGCUGUUGAUUACAGAAAAAAUCCAGAUCAAUAUAAGCAAAGAGUUAAAAUGGAAGUUGAAAGAUCAAAACAAGAUAUUCCUGCUGGAUUUGUUAUGCCUUCAUCUGAUACAGCUUAUUUAUCAUCAAGACAAACUUCUGCUAAUGGUAGAAAUGGUUUAGAUGAUUUAAAUCAAUUCGAUGAAAAUGGUAAUAAUAAUAAUAGUAAUGGUAAUAAUAAUAAUAAUGGUAGUAAUAGUAAUAGUAAUAGUAAUAAUAUCGGAGAAAAUUUUUGGUAUGAUAGUGAUGAUGAACAAAAUAUAUCUGAUUUCAUUAAUGAUGAUAAUGAUGAUAAAUCUAUGGGAUUUAAUGAUGAUGAUGUUUAUAACUAUAAAGGUUAUGAUGAAGAUGAUGAACAAGAUAUUCAAUUCGAUGAUGAAGAUGAAGACGAAGAAGAAGAUGAUGAUAGCAUAGAUAGUGUCAUGGAUAGAAAACAACCAAAUAAAGCUGGUGAUGAAAGUGAAGAUGUUGAAGAAAUGGAAAAAUUAGAUAAAAAAUAG